AUGCGAUUGUCCGGUUCCGCCGAUAACAAUUUAAAAUUACUUAUUCUAUGAAACGACACUGGCAGGUAAACAUUACUGCGAAAUUCUCGGAGCCGCCCGACGUGGUUUGACGUUUACCCCCUCUCUAUCUACCAAAAGACUUUUCAACUUUUACUUUCUCUAUACAUUUUUUUUUUAAAAAGAAAAGAAGAAGAAGUAAAUUUGUUGUCUGUUUUUUAGGUUAUUUUUUUGAUGUUUAUUUGGUUUUGGAUUAUGGAACAAACAAAAUAAAAUUAAGUUAAAAAGACACGUUCUCUAGUUUACACUGAUGAAACUAAAACAUGGUUAACUGCUCAAUUUGCCAUAAAUCAUUUAGCUCUCCCUCGAAUCUUAGAAAACAUAUUAAAAUAUUCCACCCAUCUGAACAAACAGAGUUAAAUAAAUUGUACCACAAGAACAGCAAGCAAUUUAAAUUUACUUGUGAUUGUGGCAAAAAUUUUAAUCACAAACAUCAUUUUAAAGCACAUCAAAAAAUUCAUUCUAGUCCAUCUUCUAUAAACAAAUCUGUUAAGAAAAAGUGUCCAUUGUGUGAUUAUUCUAGACUUAAUAAACUAAAAAUGUUGAGCCAUUUUAAAGACACUCAUUUUAUUAAUAUUGUGUCUAGAAAAUUAGAAUUUUCUACAUUAGAAGAGUUUUUGAAUUGGAAGGCUGAUGUAGAAAAUAAAACAUAUUCUAGAUAUUUACGAAACUCAAAAUAUAAAAUCUCUAACAACUCAGAGUCCCAUGAAACUGUUUAUUAUUGUUGUCACCGUUCUGGUUCGUAUAUUCCUAAAGGUAAAGGUAUCAGACAAUUAAAAUCUAAAGGAAGCAAUAAAAUCAAUGCUUACUGCCCAGCAAGUAUACAAUUGGAAAAAAAUAAUAAUGGAAACUGCAACAUACUUUUUAUCGAGACUCAUAUAGGACAUGAGGCAGAAGUAGAACGCAUACAACUAUCUGAUUCAGAAAGAAAAGAUUUGGCCAUAAAAAUUGAAGCUGGAAUUCCUUAUGAUGAAAUCAUUGAUGAAGUUAAACAAUCUGCAGAUCCAGUAGAUAUAAAGAGGAUUCAUUUAUUAACUAAAAAAGAUCUUCACAAUAUUCAAAUUUGUUUAAAACGUCACUCAACUGCUAUUACAAAAACUAAUUCAACAAAUGAGAAUAUAAAUUUGGAAGAGAAUUCUGGUACUCCAAAUUUCAUAGAACCUGAACACUCAAAAACAAAUAAAAACACCAUGAUGACAAUAAAUAAUGCCCAAACUCAAGAAAAUAAAAAAAAAUAUUUAGAAGAAAAGAAAGAACUAGUUAAGGCCGAAUUUGUCGCACAUUUAAAUAAGAUAAAUUCAUUAGAAGACCUCGAAAAUUUUAGAACAAUGAUAAAUUCUUUCAGCAAUCAUAACAAAAUGAAUGAGAUUUCUUGUUUCAAAAUUAACUUGGAAGCUAUACAACAUAAUAAAAAUAUUGUUACUCCAAAGGAGGAAUAUUUUUAAAUUGUUUAUUUUAAAAAAAUAAUAGUUUUAUGAGGUUAAUAUUAAAAAUUAAAUAAAGCCUUUGUUUAAAUUAUGGGCAGAAGUUGGAAAUGCUUUUGGUAGGUAGAGAGGGGGUAAACGUCAAACAACGUCGGAGGACUUUGAGAAUUUCGCAGAAAUAUUUACCUGCCAGAGUCGUUUCAUAGAAUAAGUAAUUUUAAAUUGUUACUGGCGAAACCGGACAAUCGCAUGUAUUUAUGGACUAUAAAUAAUUAUUAAACAUGUAUUAUAAUAUCCAAAUCAUAAUUCUACAAAAUUUCAAUAGCUAUUCACAAUUUAUUAAGCUAUUUACUCGAAAUUAUUAUUAACAUCAAUAAAAUAAUUUUUACACUAAUGUAUCGCGUCGACUUCGGUUAGAUCCGCCGCAAAACUGUCAAUUUAUGCCUAUGAAGUGGGGGAACUGCGAAAAGCCUUUCCAACUUCUGCCCCUGCUAUACACCUAUUAAGAUUAUUAGAAAAUGUUAUUUUUUGUAUUAAUAUUUUUUAAAAAUUUAAAAAUAAAGUCCGGCUUGAAUCUUAUGAGAGCUGUUAAUAGAAAU